AGACAAUUCACGCACGCACGCAGUGUGUCGUCUCAGCCAAAUGCAGCCAGAAGGAUCAGUCAGCUUCGUCGCACCGGUGGCCUUUCCUUAAUGCUGGUGAUCAUAGACGCCGAGUCCCUCUCUUGCGAGUGACCCAUUGCCUACCACCCCCAACACAAAGGACAGUGCCACCGCACCGCGGACAGAACCACGCACCGGAAGUGUAUCUUACCCACAUUAUUGCGUUCGAUCAUCCUAUCCACCCGGACGGAUGUGCCCUUCAGCCCACCAGAGUGACCGCCUCAACCGAAACAAGAACGACUGUUCCAAUCGUGACGAUCACGCCACCGGCUGAAGGGCACAGCCGCACAGACAGACGGCCAUACAGGCAGGCAUUCAGGCACUUGGAAAAAACACAAGGCAGCAUCGAUCGCAUCAUCGCCGCCUUCUCUCUCGCUAAAUGCACUAACUAUACCACUCCUUCACUGUACAACCUCAAAAAACCGAGACGAACGAACGUACGUACGUCCACCCUCUCUGGCCGAUCAACCUCAGCCACGUCAUGACCCAUCCCCUCCCCCUACCCCGCCCCCGCCGCCAUGAUCUCUCUCCUCUCAUCGGGAAAUUCAGGCAGCACACACGCCUGGUAGAUCAUCAUCACACCCCAGAUAAAGCUCCAAACCCAGCCCAGCACAGGAAUGGCCAGCUGCACCGCUCCGAUGAGGAAGUCGCUGAUGUUGGACGACAUGUAGCCCGCCCACAUGGUGCCGACCCCGAAACUGAUUGAUACACAGACAGGGAGGGAGAAACGGUCAAAUCGUCCCCACACAUGAAGCAACAAGAGGCGCAUCGUUUCCUUCCAAUGGUGCUCACAGGAAGAGGUCAAGGAGUCCAGCGAGGACCUCCUCGAGCCGGUCGUUAACCACGGGCACCUGAAGGAAAGAAGCGAUACAAGAUGGCCGUGGCUGCUGGUCUGUCCCUGUGUGUCCGGACGUCACCGACCCACCGACCUGCAUGGCUCUGGCCCUCUGGACAGCUUGCGAACAGAUGGCAGGGCCCUGCUUCGAUUGGCAGACGCCCACAUACAGCAGAUGAAUCAACACGUAACUCCACACCAACGUGAUACCUAAACGAACAACAGAGAAGGGAUACACACACCCGAGAGAUCUUCCUCAGUCGCGUCAUAUGUCUGCCCUGCCGACACGCCCACGUACCGACAUAAGACCAUGGGUUUGAGUGCAGCACAGACACGGCGUAGUCCAGCCGCAGCGGGAUGGGCUGCAGGUUCAUCUGGCCUAGCAGCGGCCGCUGCUGGCUGCGUCGCUCUCGCCGCCUCCCGCAGUUCCACUGCCAGAUGUGCUGCCACACGUGCUGCCACACGUGCUGCCACCACGUUGCCAUAACUCACCACCAGCUGAUUGAUCAGUGCUGGCGCUUUCACAAAGACUGUUUCUUCGCAGCACUGAUCUUCGGAAUGCUGCCGUACCAGCCGAUGUUCCAAGACAGCGUUAUCUCGAGAGAUCCUUCUCUCCCCCUGCG